AAGAAAGUCAUGUCAGAUCCUGCUUUCAGUUUACGGUAAGAACUGGACUUCAACAUCCAAAUUUAGACUGAAAAGAAGAUGAAACUCUUUUUAUUGUGGCAGUUUGGAUCAGUGUUUAUACCGGCCCACUUUUGGGAGUUUGCAGCGCAUCAAACAUGACUUUAACACGCAAGACAGACAGAAAGAAAGAGAGAGAGAGAGGGAAGGGAGAAACAUAAACAGAGAAAGAAAGCCUGCGCUGAUUGCUUUGGAGCCAACCACAGGAGCUGCUGCCUGUGUUUUGGAGGAGGAGGGUUAGUUCGUGUCAGGGGGAGCUGAGGUGAGUGGAGAUGCGCCACUGCCCUCCGGACUCGCCCAUCCCGAAUCUUGCCUUGAGAAGUUGAGGUGAUGCCGCUGCGAGGACCCGUCUCUGUUUUCUUUCACUUCUCGAUUUUAAGAUCUCCCCUCCUCCUCUUCUUUCUCUCCCUCUUCCUCCUCCUCCUCCUCCUCAACUUGGAUGGCUUGAGCGGCUCGUCCUGCGCUCUUCCUCGCCGCCGCGGAGAAAUGUAAGGUCUGGGCCGUCCACCGCCCUCACACUGCGCGGAGCAGUGGCAUGAUUCAGGUCGCUAUCUGACAGAAAGAGAGAGAGAGAAACAAACACACACAGAGAGAGAGAUAGGAGGGUUAAAAAAAGAGGAAAAAAACUACUUUGGAGAUGUGAAUGAUCGCGGGUUUGCUGCUCAUCCCACCAGCUCGCCUGUCCUAUGCGAUCGACAGCGGGAUGUGAAGAGGAAAAUGAUUGGGGCAUAAACUAUUCCCGGAGACGCCUGUCACAGCUACAGCCGCUGAAGUGGAAAGGGUGGAUGGUUAUUUCGCAAACACUUCAAGCCUAUGUAUACUCCUGCAUUCAUUUGUUGGAAACGCUUCCUAGUAUCUUCGAGAACAGCGCAGGAGGAAUGCUGCUCCGAGAUCUGAUGCCAUUUACUUUAAGUUUUUGGCCUUUUUUCAUCGCUCACUGCCUCCUGUCACAGCUUUUACUCUCAUGCAAGGGAGAGAUCCAGAGGUCAUGCUCGUGGACGGUGGCGGAGAAAGUUGGCGAACAGUGCCAGGUGGCGUGCCACUGUAGGAGAUACCCUCCCCUCCCUCCUCCUCCGCCUCCUCCACCACCUCCUCGGCUUCUGGGAACCACAGUGGCACAGCCCAUGGUGCCGUUGUUGAGGCCCUGGUGGACGGAAGUGGACGUUAUAGUGCUUGGGACAGUGAGCUGUGCCUCAGUCGUCUUCCUCCUUUCUGCCAUCAUCAUCUGCUACAAGGCUAUCAAAAGGAAACCACUGCGAAAGGAGGAGAACGGGACGAGUCGCGGGGAGUACGCCAUGAGCAUCCGCAACAAGAAGGCCAUGGGUACAAACAACACUGUGGUAUAGACUUUUCUCCUGGUCCAGGAAGUAAACACCAUCAUGUCUACAUCAUGUCUCCUGAAAACAACAGGCCCUUUCCAACCUUUAGCGCAACAUGAGUUCACCAGAAGCUUUCAGACAGGUAAACCUCUCCUCUUUGUUUGGCAUUUAGCCCGGACUGACGAUGCCCUUUCGCUCAAGAGGAGCUGAAAAAAGAUGGAAAGCAGAGCAAAAUCGGAGCAGAAAAGACAGAGAGACAGGAUCCACAACUCCCUGUGGUGUCAAAAGUGGCACAGCAGACUGGGCAUUAUGCUUUUAGUAACAGCAAGUGUUGCUGACAGGCUGGUUGGCUGCAGGCUGGAGAGGAGCUGUCUGCCAGUCUGCAGCAGAUCCAGACCUCACGCACUGUUGACGUCUGCAGAGAGACAACAGGCAACCAGACAGGGAAACCAACAACAUGCAUGAUGUUUUUACAGAGAAUGAAAGAUUUUUUUAUAACCCUCCUCUCUGUCACGGUGUCCACCUUUUGUUCUCCGUUUUACCACACGCUUUGCGAAAGGCAGGAUCUGCCUCUGAGAUGUGGAUUCAUCUGACUAUGCAAUAUAAAGAAAUUAAUAACUACAGAGAAAAAGAGCAGCAACAUCAACACGGGACGUCCUGGUUGUUUUACCACGCCAAAAAAAGAGACUUCUGUUCCCUGUAAUAUAUUUUAAGUCAUUCAUUUAUUUAUUUUAUUUAACUAUCUUCAAAUUUAUUUUUAUACUUAAAGAAAACUGUCCUGUAAUUUACACACAUGCUUACAAAUCUUGGACAUUUUGAGGAAUUUGUCUUUUUUCUUGAUUGCUCUGUUUUUUUAAGCAAAUAAUUUGUAAACUAUGUUAAUCACUAGUGAUCUUCCUGUCAGUCUGCUGAGACUCUGGUUUUUCAAUCUGGGUGUUGAGAUACAGACAAGGAAAGAAGAAGUUAGGUCCCUGCUUACAUUGGACUUAUAAGGAAAAUUAGCAGCCAGGUGCUGCUGAUCAUGCAAAACAGAAAAUCUUACCAAGUAAUUUUGGUCUAGUUUCUAGCAAAUAUCUUAGUGCACCUGAAAUAAGACAAA